GAGCAUGCGCACUUCCGGCCGGAAUGGGCGGAGAAGGCUGGGCGGGCAAAUGGCGCCUCGCUCGUGGGAAGGGAAGGAGGGGGCCAGAGAGAGAAGCGCCUAGAGCGUCUGACCCUGAGGGAUGUGGCCCUCUGCGAGAGAUCAGAAGUACAAUGAGUUGAUCACAUCACAGCAGUGUAAUAAAAAGGAUAAUUGCUGUGAAAAUCUUUCAUUUCCUAGAGCAUUGUAAAAGGAGUCAUAUAAAGUAUCUUCAAUAUGUUGUUGCCCUCAACCAAAAUGCAGAGAUCACUACAGCUGGCGUACAGGACAUCUUUGGUAUCCCAUCGCACUUGCAUGUUUCCAUGCUUGAAAGGACAACCCUCCUUGCUCAUUAAAAGACAAAAAAUGGUUUCAGUGCCUCUGCAGAUCCAACGCCAGUGUCUUCAUGAAUCUGCUGCUGUUUGCAUUUCCAAGGAACGGGAAUUUGUGGGCAGGGGGGCACCACAACCAGAAGACCCUCGUGAUAAAGAACUGAAGAGAGAGACUUCUACCCCACCAACUGAAAACGUAGCUCAGGGAGCACCUGUAGAACCAAAUCCUGUGGAGAUUGAUCCCUUGCAAGAUAAAUCAAUUAGCCUUGUGCAGAGGUUCAAAAGAACUUUUAAACAGUAUGGCAAAGUUCUUAUUCCAGUCCAUCUUCUGACUUCCAGCCUAUGGUUUGGAGCCUUUUACUAUGCAGCUUUAAAAGGAGUGAAUCUCGUUCCUUUCCUUGAAUUCAUAGGGUUGCCUGAAAGCGUUGUAAAUAUUCUAAAGCAUUCUCAAAGUGGAAAUGCAUUAACUGCAUAUGCAAUGUACAAGAUUGCAACUCCAGCCAGAUACACGGUGACAUUGGGAGGGACAUCUAUCACAGUGAAGUAUCUCCGUAAGAACGACUACAUGUCCACACCGCCUCCGGUCAAGGACUAUAUCCAGGAUCGAAUGGAAGAAACAAAAGAGCGACUAUCAGGGAAAAUGGGGGAAACCAGAGACAUGAUUAGUGGCAAAAUGGAAGAAACAAAGGAGCGACUCACGGGGAAGAUGGAGGAAACAAAAGAGAGAAUAACAGAAAAAAUACAAGAAACCAAAGAUAAGGUUUCAUUUAUUAAAAAGAAAGAAUAGGAAAAUUAGAUGCCAUGAAUGGGGAAACCUAAGCACUCGUAACCUGAAAUAUAUGCUCAUGCUGCUUUUUGUUUGUGCUUUGAUUUAAAUAUUUUGAUUGGCUAGAAAGUGCCAAUAAUCUAAAACUGUUGGUAUUACAUACGAAAUUACACCUUCGCAAAGUUAUCACUUUAUUGUCUAGGAAUAGGAUGUGAUAACUCCAAAGUAGCUUUUCAUAGAGAGAAACACCAGAAUGGCUUCCCUUGCCAUCAGUUCCAUCUAGAUCUGUGUAGAUCAGGAGGUGACUUGAACUGAUUUCUCGAACUCUCAUCACACAGAAGCAAAGUAUCAAAAGCUGUCAUGUUAAAUAUACAAUGUUUUGAUCUGGUGUCAAUUUUUGUUAAUAACUGAAUGUGAUCUUCCUAGAAUAUUAUAAAACAUAUAUUCUAUUCCAUAUUUCUUAUUGUGAAAAGGUUGAUUCAAAAUGAUAUGUGAGAAAGAUUGAAUAAAAUAGUACUGAACUGAAUUGCAUGUUUAUAUGCAAAGUUGGUACUGAUUUUUCCAUAAUUAGGCUACAGUGAGUCCUGAAUUUCAUACCCCCACCAAUAAAGCUUUUUGAAAAGAUAAAUUCAUCUCCCUCUCGCUCGUUCUCUGCUUAAGGAACAACUGUUUACAUUUCCAUAGCAAUAUUU